AUGAACCCUGCUGGCUUUCCUUACGUGGUCACCCAGGGAAAUCCCCAAGGAAGCCAGGUCCCCAAAAGGGUGUCUUGGGCACUGGGAGAAGCCUGUAUUCCCGGGCCCCUCCCAGAGCAGGAAUCUGGGGCCCAGGUUGGAUGCCAGCCGCGCCCAAGUCUAAUUAGGCAGAGGGAAAGGGAGGGGGCGCGGGCCCGGGGGCAGGGUGGGGAAGUUUCCGGGCUCUCGGAGGUUAAAAGGGAAGGCCUGGCCAGGGGUCCCUGGGCAGAGGAUCCAGCGGCCCGCACGACAAGCAGAAGCGCUUCUGGGUCACCACCUCCUUCUCGUCCCCCCAGGCAGCUGUGGGCCCGCGUUGGGGAUGACCACCUGCUGCUUCUCCAGGGCGAGCAGCUCCGCAGAACCACUCGCUUUAUCGUGCACCCCAAGUACCACCACGGCUCGGGCCCCAUCCUGCCGAGACGCACGGAUGACCAUGACCUCAUGCUGCUGAAGCUGGCCAGGCCGGCCGUGCUCGGGUCACGCAUCCAGACCCUGCGCCUGCCCUACCGCUGCGCCCAGCCUGGAGACCAGUGCCAGGUGGCUGGCUGGGGCACCACGGCCCACCGAAGAGUGAAAUACAACAAGGGCCUGAGCUGCUCCAGGGUCACCAUCCUGAGCCCCAGGGAGUGUGAGGCCUUCUACCCAGGCGUCCUCACCAACAACAUGCUGUGCGCGGGACUGGACCAGGGCCAGGACCCCUGCCAGAGUGACUCCGGCGGCCCCCUGGUCUGCGAUGAGACCCUGCAGGGCGUCCUGUCCUGGGGCGUUUACCCCUGCGGCUCCGCUCAGCACCCGGCCGUCUACACGCAGAUCUGCAGAUACACUUCCUGGAUCGAGAAGACCAUCCGCUCCAACUGACCCCGCGACUCCUUCCCCAUCUCACAUCUUUCCUUGUACAGGACUUUCCCUCCCUCACCCCGUCCAGAGCUCCGCCACCCGUCCUUACCAGCCAGCACCUCUCCUCUCGCCUCCUCCUCCUCCUCCUGCCCCCUGGAGUGCAGGACGCGGGAGCCCGAGAGAGGUCAGGAAGCCAGUCCCUGAGAGAAGCUGUCGGCCACCCAGCCUGGCUUCCUCGGCCGUUCUCUGCUGGGUGACCCUUGGGCAAGCCAGGGACCUCUCUGGGCUUCCGUUUCCACCUGGAAAAUGAAGACAAAGAAGUGCCUACCUCGUAGACGUGUUGUGAGGAAACCAUGAUAAAGCGUGUGUAUGUGUGUA